AUGGUAAUUCCAGUCGUGGGUGCAAGCCCACAAGAUGCUCCUCCACCAGCGGCGGUCAAGGAGUUUCACUCGUAUUUCUGGUGGGGGAUCUUCCUGAUAUUGGUAGCGAUGGCAGUGCUCCAGGUUGUUGCAGGAGACGGGUUUGGCAUGUUCUUCACGCUGAUAUUGGCGGCCAUCGUCUAUUACAUGGUGUCGGACCACUGUGCCAACAUGUCGAUGUACUGCCUGCUUGUUUUUGGACUGAUAUCCGGCUUCGAAUCGCUUUUUGGCGUCUUGACACUUUUCAGCGUAGUGGGUGGACGCAGCUCAAGCACCACCCUUAUCACCAGCAAGGAUGCAACCAGUGUCACCUACGAGACACAGGUUAAGGUACAUCCGCUCUUUGACAACACGCAAGGGACAAAGUACAAUAUCCAGUCGGGCCUAUUGGUGGCUCUUCCCAUCGUGAUGCUGCUUAGUGCACUGCUUUCGUGGUGGUCCUUCCGGGCGUAUCCAAAUUCUUUGUUCUCGGACUUUGAUGAGGAGGCGGAGCCCAUAUACGCGCAAGGACCACCUCCAGGCCAGAUGCUUGAAAGACUCAAGAUUGUGGUUCUGCCGGGUCUGAGCUUGCAGGAGCGCCAGCUACCGGUGCGACGUUGCCGCGACUCUUCGAGGGCCAAGGGCAGACAUUCGUGCGAUGGCGAUGCUGUUAAGAACACCAUCCCAGCUGCUUACGUCCGGCAUACGAUGGGAAGCCAGUGUAGGAUUCAGCUACUGGCAGCCAGUGACAUCGACAUUGAUGGCUUGGCCAAGAUCAGCCUGCAGAGUUCAUCGAGUCAGGCCACUGGGCAGGCGAAUCCUGCAACUCGUCAAGUUCGCAGCUGGCCUCUGACGAAGCUGACGGAGCACUACGAGGUUCACGAACGUAGCAUCCAGGAUCUGCCGACUGUUCGUCUGGUUUCAGACCAAAGUGAAACGGUUUACCGGCUCAGCUCGCUUCGCAAGCCUUGUGGCAGACAUCGCCAGGAAAAGCUGAGGGCACACGUUGCGCAGCUGCAAACGCAGGAGUUCGUGGGAACUGCCAGGAUCUUCGCAGUCUACGAAGACUGCAGGUCGAUGGCGAUAGUCACUGAGCACUGCACUGGCGGUACCGUGCAAGAGCGCAUUUUGCAGCGGAACGUCUUCUCCGAGCAGGAGUGUGCAAUGCUCGUCAAGCACAUGCUGGAGCCGCUCCGUGAACUUCACGAAGCUGGUCUGUCGCACGGCCACCUGUCGCCCGAGUCUUUCAGGUUUCAGAGCGAUCAAACUCAAGCCCCACUCAAGCUGGUGGAUUUUGGUCUUGAGCUCAAGGUGUGUUUAGACGAGUGGACACCGGAGUCCGGCCAUGGCGAGCUGUUCAUGCCGGAUGAGGGCUAUGUUCGACACUGGCCUCGCAGCGCUUGUUCGCAGCUGUUCGAGACCUGCCGCUUGGUCUUCUGCGCGCCAGAAGUGCUCAAGCACCUGAAGGACUUGCCGGAUAACCCGUUGCCGGUCGCGAGCUUGAAGCAAGGCGUCCUUGAUUGGGAGACUGCGGAUAUGCUGGACCUGCAUCUACUAUCAGAGGCCAUUGACGCCCAUUUGGCCAGGCAGCAGGAUUUCGGCUGGGACUUCGCCGCUUCGGACGCAUGGAGUGUGGGAGCAAUUGCAUUCCUCCUGCUCUGCGGGUACCCACCAUUCUUUGCCCCUUGUAGACAUGCCAUCAUCUCGAGAGUUGAGAAGACGGACCUCUCGUUUGAUCCGCCUUUCUGGUCAAAAAUCUCGGAAGAAGCAAAGGACUUCGUCCAGAGAUGUUUGCACGGAAGCGCGGCAAAGCGGCUGACAGUGCAACAGGCAUUGCAGCACCCAUGGAUUCGACAGCUGGCAGACACAUCACCGUCUGGCUCGAUGCUGCCCUCCUUCGCGUUGAACCUACGACGCUUUUGCAGGACUUGGCUCAUCGAGGUUUUUGUGGCGAACAGCUUGGCAUCCAAGCUGACCUACCUGGGCUCGUUGCAAGUCCAACGAGAGUGUCAAAAGGCGGACAAAGAGAAAGCCGGCUUCCUCACAUCAGCGGACCUGCGACAGGUCUUACAAAAUAGUGGACACUCUGAUAUCGUCGAGGCCAUCGGAUCGUGCUUUGCCCGCUUUCUGCGACACCCCGGAGAGUCGUAUUUGGACUAUAGUGCGCUGUUUGACUCUGUCCGACUCAGAAGAGAGGUGUUACUUGAGGAGGAGAUUUGGGCCUGCUUCGAAGCUGAAGUGAACGCCGAGCCUACGGCACAGUCUCUAGCUUCCUUCCACCAGGCCGCCUCUCUGCAGAGCAUCUUUCGACGAGAAGGAAUGCAGGAUGGGGAUGCCAUCAGUGCAGAUGGAAUCGCCGCAGAGAAUUCCAAGGUCGACAUCAACGGCUUUAUGGCCAAAGUGCUGUCUCAGCUGCGGCAUCGGCCUCGUCCUUCGCGCAUGAAGCCAUGCAGAAGUCGCUCAGCAAAGAAUAGCUUUGCUGGCGACUUGUACAAAGCCGAUCCAGCACGCUGCAAAGCCAGCGAAGAGGAGAGUGGGAUGAAUCCCUUCGGCUCGGUGCAGAAAGUGUUUCAGUGCGUGAACGCGAGCGAGGUGGUCGGUCUGCCCACGAGACAUCCCUGGCAGCUCCUUUAUGGCUACAUGCUGAUGCAAUGGUGGCUCGCACUGCUAGGCUGGUGUUCUGGUGCCCCAUCGCUGGGUGACUAUUUUGACAACUUCCCGGGCUUCGAUUCAGAUUUGACGCGAGAUGACUUGUACGGCUACGGAGCGUUUGGGGACUUUCGGCGUGGAAGGGGCUAUGAUGACUACUUCGGAGCAGGCCCAGGGUCUUACGGAGGAGGUUUCAACACAGGACCGGCUGACCGCAAAGACCCAGGAAAGGAUGACUGCUCCCGCAUUGAAGCUGACGGUGUUCCGCUUGCUGACCUGCUUUUAGAGGCCGCAGAAAACCUGCCAGCAAAUGUAUCCGAUGCGCCGGCGCAAGUGCUCCAGCUCGUCCACUUCUUCGCCAGCAAGGAACAGAGGCCAUUCCUGCUUGGUCACUGCCCCCAAGCAGUGGCUCUUGCUCUGCUGCUGGAAGCUGAAAUGGAGGCCACCACGGCAGGCGGAAAUAGCACUGAGCCAAGUGGCGUGACUCUGCGAGCGGUCCGACAGCUGAGCGACAUGCUCGAGGAGUCGCAGGCGACGUGGCGAAGCCCGUUCAAGGCUCUUCCAGUGUGGACCGGCACGUGGGGGCAGGUGCUUGGUGCAGCCCAGAGACGAACUGGAAUUCUUCUCUUUCCGAUAGGUGAACAGCAAUUCCAUGUGGACUUUGUUCCGGCUGCAAACUGGUCUAUCUGGGCGAACCGGCGAUGCAGAGGGCGGAGAGACCUCGGAAAUCUUCAGGGCACGCUUCUGACGACAUGUCUGCAGAAGUGCCUUUCACAUCCCUCCUGCAGGUCUGCCACGUUUUGGCACUGGCAGCCUGGAGGGAUGGGCUUCGAUCAACGCUGUUUCUUGUCUUCGUCUUGUACCUUUGAGCUUUCGACAGAUGAAGGUGCGGAGGGUGCCUUCCUCUUCGAGAAGUUAUCCGUGCUGUCGCAGACAGAGCAGGAGAGGGUGCAGCAGACGAUCCGGACAAAAGGCGCUGCCUGGGCACCUCGAGCUGGACACCGACUUCUGGCUCGGCGCUCGGAGGCAACUGCAUCGGAAGCGACGCGUUUGUGGUUGUUGGGUGGUAUUGGAGUGGAUCCAUUUGCCAACUCCUCUGCGCCAAGCAAGGAUCAGGAGGCCAAGCAUGACAAGGAAGGCAAGAAGCGAAGUGGAAAAGGAAAAGGCUCGCAGGAAGCAAAACAUCCCGCGAAGAGGCGGAAUGCAACAGCGAGGCUGGAUGUUGUGGAAGCCUACUUGUCUCGUCACGUCGAGCUGAGUGGUGAACUGCCUCCUCUCCGUUCCUUGCCCUACAGCAGGCUGGGGGAUGUGUGGUGGAGCACGGAUGAAGGAAGCAGCUGGACCUUGAUGCAGCAGCAGGCACCUUGGGGUCCCCGCGCGUAUUUCGGCGCAGUUGCCGUCCAAGACGGUCGAUGUUUGCUCGUCUUCGGUGGGGUCGUCACUCCCAAGGACACCAGCAACUCAAGCCUGGAGAGCCUUGGAAGAGAGUAUGUCAACGAUGUGUGGUACGCCGACCUGUCUGACCUGGCGUCGUUCUCCUUCCACGAGCUCGCUCUUGCCCCGUGGGAGCCACGGGCGGCAUUCCAGGCACUGGCUUGGCACUCUGGCCACGCACCGGACAGCGAGGCAAACAUGGAAUCGAUCGUUCUUCUGGGCGGCCGGACGCAGCAGGGACUCCUCAAGAACGAUGUCUGGGCACUGCAGCUGCAGGAUGUGAAGAAGUUGUCCGCAGGUGCCGCCUUGAACUGGCAACGGAGAACGGCAUCUGCCGACUGGUCUCCCCGCUCAGACUUUGCUGCUGCCACGACGUUUCAGCAUGGUGUCUGGAUAUUGGGUGGUUGUGACGAGGCUGGCGCGGUUUUGGCUGAUGUUUGGCACAGCAAGGAUCUCCGUACGUGGUUUCAGGUGCAGUCGCGAGCUCCAUGGGGACCUCGGGUUGGUGCUUCAGCUGUGACGCUCAGCCUUGGAGCAGUGACGGGUGUUCUGCUUUUUGGUGGCUAUGCGUAUCCGGAUGAUGACUUUGGGCCUUUGCCUCCAAGUCCGCUCGAGGAGGUAGCAACGUGGUUCUCCAGUGACGGGGAAUUGUGGCAGUCGUUUGGUCCCGACUUCCUUGCCUGGACGUCGGGCACAACGGAUGCUGCGACUGUGGCUGCGCCGUGUAACAUGUCGGAGCAGAGCAAAGGACAGACAUGUGCCUAUGUUGCGGGUGGAACGAACCGGGAAGGCUACUAUGAGAAUACUGUUCGCCAGCUGCGCCUGAGUGACAGGGAGGUCAACUUGAUCACCCCGAUCUCAAACUCGACUACACAAGUUGGAGGACUUCCAAAGCCUCAGCCUGACCAGCCUGGCCAUGAUCCCCCAGAUGGCAUGCCGCAGGUGCAGAUACUGGCAACGUGCAUUUUGGGGCUUGCACUGCCCUUGUGCUGUCGCUUCAGAAUGAAGGCGGCGCUCCCAGCUGACCCUGCGAGCCGCUGCUUGCUGAAACUCCUUGCGGGCGUGUUCCUCUCGCUGGUGUGCUUGGCCGUUCUGGUCGGAUUUGUGCUGCUUCGAUUCUCGCAGGAGCUUGCGCAGCUCCGAGCAGAGAAGUGCCAACUCGACGCACACACGGUAUCAGGGCUGCGGGACACCCUGGGCAUUACGAAGGCUGCUGAGCGCUGGGACGAGUUUGAAAUUCUGCUGCGACUGGCCUCUCGAGAGUCUCAGUACUAUUCCUACGGCUUCGGCUGG